CUAGCUGUGAGGUAGUACAGUCUUAGGAAAGGGGGAGGGUUAAGGUAUAUAUAGGCUGGAGUGGCCAUUUUAGGUCUCUUUGCUUGCUGAAAUUUCUUGUGAGUACUGCUUGGCAGAUUUUCAUUUAAAUUAAUUCGAAUUUAAUUUCAUUCGUUUAAAUUUACAAGUUUAUUUAACUUGAAAGCAUGGCCUCCAGCCGCCCACGCCGGUUCGCUGGCGCCCCAGCCCGUUACCUGUCUGGUGAGGCUGGCCCCGGGGCAGGGGUGCCCGGCUCCGAUGUGGCCAUUUCUUCCCCUGGGGCCCCUCUGAGAACUAGGGGUACGGAGCGUAGAACCCGCUCCGCUGGGGAGAUGGACGGGUCCCCCUCUACGAGAGGGCGCACUCGGCGGUCCGGGGCGGCUGGGCAGUCUGGCCGCACGGAGUGGGGCGACCAACAGCCCUCACCUCCAGGGUCGGCCAGGGGUGCCGGGUACACGGGCGCGCGUCGGCGCGCCCUGCCGGGCGCCUUUCGGCAUCCGCUCUGGUAGCUCCCGCACCCGCUCUCUUGCCGGGGCCGGGUAGAGGCCUCAGGCGGGGGGCGGGAACCGGUCGGGAGAACGCUACGAUCCGGGCUGGGCCUGUUGCGGUGCCCAGCGCGCGAUCGACCAGGAGCCUAGGCCUGCCGGCGGGUGCUCUGGGAGAGACCGCAGCUGUGGGCGCUCAGGCAGCAAGUGGUGGGGCGCGCGCACAGCGUGCGCGCGCGCCCACACGAGGCUCCGGCGGCGUCUCUCGCGCACGAGUGCGCGCAGCGGCGCCGCAGCCCUCCGUGUCCCCCCAGCCCUCUUCGUUACGGCCGGAGUCCGGCGCGACGAGGGGGGGGGGGGGAGGCCUGGCAGGGAUCAACCAGGUAGUGGGGUGAUCUAUAACAGUGGUGCUGGGGACCCAGUACCACGGGCAAUUAUUUCCUCACGGCGCGGGGCCAACCCUGCUGGCGGUGCUGGCUCCGUCAGGCGGGGGGUGGGCCUCAGUGAGGGGUUAGAGCAGAGGUCAGGCAUCACUCCAGGGGGGCGGGGGCGGGGUGGGUCCGGAAGUAUACCCGUUUUUAGAGACCCUGGCGUUAUUUGCCCCCCCCCCCCGGGCCGGCCUGGCCGCGGGCCAGAUGGGUCUGGGUUGCCUAUGCCCAGCGGUGGCUCUAAUCGCCGCGUGCCCCCGGCAAGGCAGUCAUCAGGUGACGACGCGGCGUUACAAGGUCACGCUGAACCGCCCGGGGCGUUCGCGGCGGCCCUUGCCACGGUGGUGGCGGCAUUGGGUCCGCUCGCCGCGGCCCCGGAGCUCGAGGGCGGGUCCAGGGAGGCGGCGGACGGCGCGGGCGCAGGUGCCUUUUCAGCCGCCCAGAGGGUUGCACGCGCGUGCCGGGAGCUGGGGGCGGCCGCAGCGCAGCUGCAUUUACAGCCAAGGCGGGACGAGAGUUUGCAGUCACCUCGCACGCCGGCCUUAGGUCGGGCUGGGCACACGCCAUUUUUGUUGUCCGGGUCCCCUCCCCCUUUUCUGCCCACAGAUGUUCAAGCGGAUGCAAGGGUGUCGGAAUCGGAGGACGAGGAUGUUACAUAUGUCGCGACUGAGGAGUCUGGAUCUGACCAAUCUACGGCUUCAGGUCAUCGAGCCGGACUGGAAGGUCUAGCACUACGUUCGGUAGCGCCAUCCACGCUUAAGGCUUACAAGCAGGCCUGGGGCGAAUGGGAAGAAUUUGCUAGAGGACGGAAGCAACGAGGUAAGAGCGGGCAUCGGAUGAUGCUUUCUUUUAUUUGGCAGCUUUAUGUUUCGGGUAGGUCUAGAGCGGUGGUGUCCCGGUACUUGGCUGGCAUUGCAUUCUUCUGCAGAAUUAAGGGUGUUCCCGAUUUGACGAAAAGUGGCAUUCUGCUUAAGGCUAUGAAAGGAUGGGCGCGCGUGGCGCCUACGCCGCCUGACAGAAGGCGGCCCAUUGAUGCGGCGUUGCUGCCAGGCAUCAUUGGGUCGGUUGGAGCCAUCGCAUCAUCUAUGUUUGAAUCGCUGCUUUUUAGAUUGGCGUUCUCUAUGGCUUACCACGGCGCCUUUAGGAUAUCGGAGUUGGUAGCACCUUCUAAGCAAACUGAUUCGCGCAUGCUAGUAGAGGACGUAGUGGUGAGUGGGAGGUCCUUGCUGUGCAGAUUGCGACGCUCUAAGACGGACCAGGUGGGGAAGGGCCGAUGGGUCACCCUGGUUCCGGCACUUGAGGAGAGCAUAUGCCCAGUACAGUUGGCAGUACAAUAUGAGGCAGUGAGGCCCGACUGUCGGGGGUCGUGGUUGCUGCACUAUGACGGGCUGCCAGUAACGAAGUUCCAAUUUCGGUGGAUGAUGGGUCGCUGUCUGACGAGCAUGGGCCUUUCCCCCUCCCACUUCGGUACACACUCCUUCCGCAUUGGGGCUGCUACGGCGGCAGCGGCCGCGGGUUUUUCGGGAGCCCAAAUCCAGGCGGUGGGACGAUGGAAGUCGUCCUGUUAUAAGCGGUACAUUCGCCCCGUCGCCUGAGAUACUUUGCUUAAGCGUAGCUUGCAUCAAUAAGUUAGAGUAAGAUAAUGUUUUGCUUGGUGUUAUGCAUAUGUUAUGUUCGCUGUAUGUUGGUUCGUUUACCCGUGUGUGAUCCUACUCAGGGAUUAGCCACUUGCCGCUGCGGGCGUGAGUCGGCAGCGGGGGUCUGGAGUUAUUUUGCGAUUUUUGCCUGACUUGACGGACUGAAUUCUAAUCUUUAAUUCGGCUAAUCUGUUCUAAUCAAAGUCCCUCAGCAGGUUUUUAUGCUUUCACCUCCAGCUGAGUUAUUUCAUGUUUUACCCCUUUUUAUACCCCCCCCCCCCUUGUUAAUUUCGUUUUGAUUCUUUUGCCUUUCCCUUAAUGUCUUAAUGCUUUUACUUCAAAUUGGCUAGGAGCUCGGGAGAUCGGCUAGGCCGUGACCGCUGCGACAUUAGGAAACAAUAAAAAAAAAAUUCUUUUGGCAGAUCCUUCAGGUUAACAUAAUACAUGCUAUGGCGUAGAAUUAUAGUAACACAUUUUACCCCUUUUUCCUUCCAUUCAGGUUGUUUCGCUGAUGGCUUGUCCGUUUGGGUGGUCGGCCACUCGUAUGUCUUCUGGGCAGCAAGGUUUUUGGCCUCUGAUACUUCUCAGAGGUUUCCUAGAGGUCAGGGAAUCAGAUGGCUUGGUUGGCGAGGUAUGAUGUGGACAGAUCUAUUGAGUAGACUAGUCAGUCAGGCCAGGAAGCAUGGAGUUCCCAAGGUUUUGGUUGUCCACUUAGGUGGCAACGACCUAGGGAAGAGGACUUCCUUGGAGCUACGGUGGGCCAUGAUACAAGAUCUGGCAAAGGUGGCCGCAGCAUGGACCAAUUGUAUAUUGGUAUUUUCCCUGAUGGUGCCAAGGUUGAGUUGGCGAGGUGUGGAGGACGGACGCGUAAUAGAUGAGGCCAGGAUAAAGGUGAAUGGGGCGGUGGCGAAGUGGGUCUUGGCCCACGGAGGUAAAGUUGUUCGCCACCCUAAGAUUCGGUUCCGAGACAAACACCUUUUUCGGCCUGAUGGUGUGCAUCUAUCCAAUGAGGGGAUGAUGUUUUUCCUAGAGGAUCUGUUCCUAGUGUUGCAGGAGUUAGGGUAGUUUAUGGUGGCGGUGCGAGGACUCUGGGAUGGAGUCCUUCGCUGUUGGCGGAAAAGAACGGCAGUUUGUAGUUGUAUGGUUUUUUAUAGGUAGUAAGUUUCAGUGUUAUUAUGGUUUAGGUGCACUCACCUCCAUCGACUUAAUGGCCGCUCGACCACCCAUCCGGGAGGCAGCGGCAGGGCACCCAGGAGCGGUGGGAAGUCACUGUGGGGGUUGUGUUGACACCUAUUACCGGUUUGGAUAGGGUGCUGGACGGUUCCGGUCAGUUUACCAAUUUAAGUUUACCAAUAGUUUAAUAGAGCCGUUCUUUUUUCUGCCACCAUUAUGCCGGCUGAUUCGGCAUCUUAACAAAAUUUUCCCAAUUACAGGUUUUGCUAUGGUUAGGGUCAAAUAAAUAGCUAGCAAUUUUUCUGCCAAAAUCAUGUCUCCGUGUCUUUAUUUACUGGUAUAGAAGGUAACUAAGGUUUACUUCAAUAAAAGGGGUCCACCAAAUAUCACUAGGAUGUUUAGGAGAGAGAAUUGACUAACAUAGGAGAGGAAUGGGUUAAACAUCCUGUGAGGGGUGGACCUAGCUGUGAGGUAGUACAGUCUUAGGAAAGGGGGAGGGUUAAGGUAUAUAUAGGCUGGAGUGGCCAUUUUAGGUCUCUUUGCUUGCUGAAAUUUCUUCCCGCCCUCCCGCCCUAAGGGUAGAGGUUGUUUUGUUUGACGCGGAGUGCAUUGGCGGUUAAUUGAUUAGCUGUUUUCAUUCGUUGGCUAUUUAUAGGCGGAAAAGAACGGCAGUUUGUAGUUGUAUGGUUUUUUAUAGGUAGUAAGUUUCAGUGUUAUUAUGGUUUAGGUGCACUCACCUCCAUCGACUUAAUGGCCGCUCGACCACCCAUCCGGGAGGCAGCGGCAGGGCACCCAGGAGCGGUGGGAAGUCACUGUGGGGGUUGUGUUGACACCUAUUACCGGUUUGGAUAGGGUGCUGGACGGUUCCGGUCAGUUUACCAAUUUAAGUUUACCAAUAGUUUAAUAGAGCCGUUCUUUUUUUUGCCACCAUUAUGCCGGCUGAUUCGGCAUCUUAACAAAAUUUUCCCAAUUACAGGUUUUGCUAUGGUUAGGGUCAAAUAAAUAGCUAGCAAUUUUUCUGCCAAAA